UCUUUUAAUUAAAGCUUGUAGCAUAUUCCGUAUUCCCAAGUGGCGGCAGCCGCCCGCGCUUCCCCAGGACACCUCGGGCUCGGCAUGGACGGGGACCGCGGCUCGGCGGGCACCGGCGGCUGCAGGGUCGCGCUCCGGGCUCGCCCGGCCCCAUGAUGAGCUCGCCCAGCUCCCGGAGCCCCCGGACUCGAGUGCCCGAUGGGGCUGAUCCAGGAGCCGGCACAGGGACAGCCCGAGCAUGAGAGCGGCCGCGGGGAUGAAGCUCCCGGAGAGGAGGAGGAGCCGCCGCAGCGGAGCCGGCAAGCCGAGAUCCCCUCCUGGGAGAAGAUGCCAUUCCACCAUGUGACAGCUGGCUUGUUGUACAAGGGCAACUACCUGAACCGCUCGCUCUCGGCCGGCAGCGACAGCGAGCAGCUGGCCAACAUCUCCGUGGAGGAGCUCGAUGAGAUCCGAGAGGCUUUCCGAGUGCUGGACCGGGACGGGAAUGGCUUCAUCUCCAAGCAGGAGCUGGGCAUGGCCAUGCGCUCCCUGGGCUACAUGCCCAGCGAGGUGGAGCUGGCCAUCAUCAUGCAGCGCCUGGACAUGGAUGGGGAUGGCCAGGUGGAUUUUGAUGAAUUUAUGACGAUUCUGGGACCUAAGCUGGUGUCAUCAGAGGGCAGGGACGGCUUCCUGGGGAACACAAUAGACAGCAUAUUCUGGCAGUUUGACAUGCAGAGGAUAACGCUGGAGGAGCUGAAGCAUAUCCUGUACCACGCCUUCCGCGACCACCUCACCAUGAAGGACAUCGAGAACAUCAUCAUCAACGAGGAGGAGAGCUUGAAUGAGAACUCUGGGAACUGCCAAACGGAGUUUGAAGUGCACGCCCAGAAGCAGAACCGCCAGACGUGCGUGCGCAAGAGCCUCAUCUGCGCCUUCGCCAUGGCCUUCAUCAUCAGCGUGAUGCUGAUCGCGGCCAACCAGAUCCUGCGCAGCGGCAUGGAGUAGUGCUGGCACGGCUGGAGUGGUCCUGGCACGGGAUGGCAGCCAUGCAUGCGCACCCGGGAGAGCUCCCGCCCCGAUCCCACGGCACCGACACGCGGGCACAGCCGGCGCCUGCGGCAGGAGCCUGAGCCAGCAGCGUGUCCUGUGAACCAACCACAUCCUUUUGGCAGGGACAUCAAAGGGCUGUUCUAAUGCUUUAAAGGUUUUGUUUCCUAAUGCAAUAAUCCCAUAUCCAGGAGUCCCGUAUUAUUGCUUCGAAACAGCAAUGGCAGCGCGGAGGAGGCCGGGCUC